AUGAGUAACAAUAAAAAGAGAAGUGGUCAAAAGAUGUGUUGUGUUGUCAAUUGUAGCAAUACUAACAGAACAGGUCAUAAAAUGUUUAACUUUCCUAAUAGACAACAUGAAAAAGAGCUUAAGGAAAAGUGGAUCAAAAGUAUUAAAAGAAUUAAUGAUGAUGGAACACCUUGGAUACCGAAUGUCCUUACAGUUAUAUGUGGUGAUCAUUUUGUUGGAAAUAAAACUAUUAAGACAUCCCAAUAA